UUGCAUUUCUAUGUUCUGUGUACUGUGGGAAACCGGAUAUAGUGAAUGCAGGGUCCGGAGAGACCAGAUAUAGUGAAUGCAGGGAGACCAGACAUAGUGAAUGCAGGGAGACCAGACAUAGUGAAUGCAGGGUCCGGGGAGACCGGAUAUAGUGAAUGCAGGGGUCCGGGGAGACCGGAUAUAGUGAAUGCAGGGUCCGGGGAGACCGGAUAUAGUGAAUGCAGGGUGUGGGGAGAGCGGAUAUAGUGAAUGCAGGGUCCGGGGAGACCAGAUAUAGUGAAUGCAGGGUCCGGGGAGAGCGGAUAUAGUGAAUGCAGGGUCCGGGGAGACCAGAUAUAGUGAAUGCAGGGUCUGGGGAGACCAGAUAUAGUGAAUGCAGGGUCCUGGGUG